CAGAGAGGAAGUAGCCAAAGACAUGAAUCAAAAUGGCGUAAGGCUCCAGUUGGAUACCCUUUGUCAUUGAUAGCGAACGUUUAAUUCCAAUUUUCUGUGAUUUCGGUGACCAGGAAACCAAUUUCAAUGUUUCCUAUGCAACCAGGGCCUGGCGGCUAUGGCCAGCCUCCGACAGGCCAAGGCAUGCCCUCAUUCUUGGGAGCUCACUUAGGAAAUGGCCAACCAGGUCUUCAUUUUCCAUUUCCUGGGAUGCAAGCUCAGGAUGUCCCACCCCCACCCGUGACCACGCCCAUCACGCCCUCCCUCACACAGACAGAGCAGCCCCCGCCCCUUCCCUUCGCCCAGGGCCAGGUCCCCCAGGAGUCGCUGGUGCCGCCAGUGCAGCAGGCCGACUUUGUGUCCCCGCCACGGCCCAACACGGGCACCGAGGGCCGCUCCAUCUCGCUGCGGGCCAACCACUUCCAGGUGCGCGUGCCCAAGGGCAUCAUCCACCACUACGAGGUGAACAUCUCCCCCGACAAGUGCCCGCGCAGGGUCAACAGAGAAAUCAUCGACACAAUGGUAACUGCUUACCAACAGAAGAUCUUCCAGGGCCAGAAGCCUGUCUUUGACGGAAGGAAAAACUUGUACAGUAGGGAACCUCUUCCAGUGGGAACAGAAAAGGUUGAACUGGAAGUGACAUUGCCAGGGGAGGGUCGGGACAGGGUGUUCAAAGUUGCCGUCCGCUAUGUGGGUCAGGUCAGCCUGUUCGCUCUAGAGGAGGCGCUGGAAGGUCGUACCCGACAGAUCCCCAUGGACGCUAUACAGGCCCUAGACGUAGUCAUGAGGCACCUUCCAAGCAAAACCUAUACUCCUGUGGGCCGCUCCUUCUUCUCACCACCAGAGGGUUAUGAUCACCCGCUUGGAGGUGGGCGAGAGGUAUGGUUUGGUUUCCAUCAGUCUGUGCGACCAUCCCACUGGAAAAUGAUGCUGAACAUCGAUGUGUCUGCCACUGCCUUCUACAAAGAACAACCAGUUAUUGAGUUUAUGUGUGAAGUGCUGGAUUUGCCAGAUAUCAGCGAACAGAAGCGGCCUCUGGCAGAUUCACAACGAGUCAAAUUUACGAAAGAAAUCAAAGGUCUUAAAGUGGAAAUCACCCACUGUGGUACGAUGAGGCGCAAGUACAGAGUAUGCAACGUCACAAGACGACCUGCUCAAACGCAAUCAUUCCCCUUACAACUAAACACUGGUCAAACAAUUGAAUGCACCGUGGCUCGCUACUUCAUGGAAAAGUACAAAAUGAAAUUACAACAUCCACAUUUGCCUUGUCUUCAAGUGGGGCAGGAACAAAAACACACAUAUCUGCCUCUCGAGGUGUGUAACAUAGUGGGAGGCCAGCGCUGCAUCAAGAAGCUGACUGACAUGCAGACAUCCACCAUGAUCAAGGCCACAGCGAGGUCAGCUCCAGACAGAGAGAAAGAAAUCAACAAUUUGGUGACCAAGGCCGACUUCAAUAACGACAUGUACCUGAAGACGUUCGGUAUAUGUGUCAAUUACGACAUGACUGAGCUCAAAGGCCGUGUUCUGCCUGCACCCAAGCUGCAGUACGGCGGCCGGACCAAAGCCCAAGCCAUUCCCAACCAAGGUGUGUGGGAUAUGAGAGGCAAACAGUUCUACCAGGGAAUCGAGAUCCGGGUGUGGGCCAUCGCCUGCUUCGCCCCGCAGAGAACUGUCAGGGAAGAUGCCUUGAGGAACUUCACGCAGCAGCUCCAGCGUAUCUCCAACGACGCCGGCAUGCCCAUCAUGGGCCAGCCCUGUUUCUGCAAGUACGCCUCGGGGCCGGACCAGGUGGAGCCCAUGUUCCGCUACCUCAAGAACACCUACCAGGGCCUGCAGCUCAUCGUGGUGGUGCUGCCGGGCAAGACGCCAGUCUAUGCCGAAGUGAAACGUGUGGGCGACAUCUGUUUUGGUCUUGCCACGCAGUGUGCCCAGGCCAAGAACGUGAACAAAACCACUCCCCAGCUCCUGUCCAAUCUCUGCCUUAAGAUCAACGUGAAGCUGGGAGGUGUGAAUAGCAUCCUGCUGCCCAGUAUCAGGCCUCAUGUGUUUAGAGAGCCCAUCAUAUUCCUUGGUGCCGAUGUGACCCACCCACCUGCAGGCGACACACUCAAGCCUUCCAUUGCUGCCGUGGUAGGUAGUAUGGACGCUCACCCCAGUCGCUACUCGGCAACGGUUCGGGUCCAAGAGCACCGGCAGGAGAUCAUUCGUGACCUGGCCACCAUGGUUAAGGAUCUGCUCAUUCAGUUCUAUCGCUCCACUAGCUUCAAGCCCACCCGCAUCAUCUUCUACCGUGACGGGGUCAGUGAGGGACAGUUCCAGACGGUACUGGGACACGAACUCCGCGCAGUCCGUGAAGCCUGUAUGAAGCUGGAGGUGGAGUACCAGCCGGGCAUCACCUUCAUCGUGGUCCAGAAGCGCCACCACACGCGGCUGUUCUGCGCCGACCGCAGGGACCAGACGGGCCGCAGCGGCAACAUUCCCGCCGGCACCACAGUAGACCAGGGCAUCACGCACCCCACCGAGUUUGAUUUCUACCUGUGCUCACAUGCUGGUAUACAGGGCACCAGCCGGCCUUCGCACUACCACGUGCUGUGGGAUGACAACCGCUUCAACGCGGAUGAGCUCCAGAUCCUGACGUACCAGCUGUGCCACACCUACGUGCGCUGUACGCGCUCAGUCUCCAUCCCCGCCCCGGCCUAUUACGCCCACCUGGUGGCCUUCCGGGCGCGCUACCACCUGGUGGAGAAGGAGCACGACAGUGAUGACUUUUUCUCCAGCGGCGAAGGCUCCCGCCACUCGGACAACAGCGAGGACCGCAACCCCUUGUACCUGGCCAGGGCGGUCACCGUGCACCAGGAUACCUAUCGCGUCAUGUACUUUGCCUAGUUGGAAACUUUGAACAUUGCUGCUUUGGACAGUUCAGACUUUGGAAGAAAGUGCAUCCCCCCAGGGAUAAAGACUUGUGGGAGUAGCUGUUGACAUUUGUGAAAAUGAAGGGAAGCGAAUGAGUAUGGAUGUCAUCGUCUCACCGAAGUGGACAUCAUUGAACAGACUGAUGUCUUGUGUCCAAAUGACUACUUCACUUGGAUGUGUUUUUAGAGAGACACUCUGUGGUUGGUUUAGCCGAAGAAUGACAAAAUCUGCUUAUGUUUUGAUUUUGGAAUGUAUUUUUGUGAAGCAGUUUUUGUUUGUAAGACAUUUGAUUUUCUCUUCUUUUGGUCCAGCCAGUUUCUAGACACCUAGUGGAAUGAUACAGAUCAAGGGUAAAAUGGUACACAACGAAGUGGCUGGCAUAAAGUGUGAGAAAGACUGUCUUUUAUGAUUGCUGUAGCUGAUGCUGUAACGUUGUACACGUCUGUGUUUAGUGUCUAGCUGGGCUCCGUUUAGGAGGUGCAAUUGUCCCUCACCGAAAUCAAACUUCCAACUGCAUCAGCAUAAGGAAGAUCUGGGGGAAAGGACAAGAAAGGGCAGCUGUGUUUUAGAAAAAGGACUACCUGAGUGAGGGGGAAAUAAUAAGGCAUCACUCUGUUCCUGUGGAAAACUAGUCGUACAUUUUAUCACUAUUUGUCUUUUGUACUCACCAAAACAAAACUUGAGACAUGUUGAUCAUUGAUAUUUACUUUUUUUUUUUACCCUUUCUUUUUUUUUCUUUUUCAUUGUGGUUGAAUGUUUUAUGAUGUGAACACAUUGCUAUGCAUUUGUACCACAUCUCAUCCAACUGUAUUUUUGCUUCAGUUUAAAACAAAAAUAAAAGCCUUGUUGUAGCUGA